GUUUUUGAGUAAAGUAGAGUUAAAAUCGUAAAUAUGCAUAUACUUAUAGGAUAGAACCAUCGUUCUUCUUCACUCUAUCUGCUUCUUCGUUUCAUCUCCGACUCUCUCCGUCCUCCGCGUUUCUCUUUAUACUCCUACACAAGGUUAUAUCUCUCUUCAUCUCCUAUCGAUUUUACUCUCGAUGCAAUGACUGUUCUGUACGAAUUCCCCGCGAAUUCCUCCUGUGGAGUUUCAAAUUCUGGAACUCGAAGAAAUCAAGUAUUUACCAAAAACUUUCGUAAUUAAUUCAUUUUGAAUCUCAUAUUAGAGCAAGAAGGCGCCACAGAACCAACAGCUAUAGAUAAUGCAGACAAUCAUCCACAGUCUCUCGUUUUGUAGCUUUAACUCUACAACAAUUAAUCCAAAACCCAGAUUUCAAUUUUCUUCGUUUUUAACUCUUCCUCCAACUUAUUCAGUGCAACAGAAACUCUGUACAAGAGCAACGAAUAGACAGUUUGUCGCGGUUUGUGCUGCACCAUCAGAUGUAGAGACUUCUUCCAAGGAUGAAUCUGUUUUGAUUACGAAAGUGGAGACUGAAACCAGCAAUGAGGUUAAGGUGCAUGUACAAGUGUCAGGAGAGAAGACUCAAACUGUAUUCAAUCAUGUUUUUGAGAAAAUGGUUGCUGCAGCUCAGCCAAUCCCGGGGUUCCGAAGAGUUAAAGGAGGAAAGACCCCAAAUAUACCCAAAGAUGUUUUGUUAGAGAUCCUUGGAUAUUCUAAAGUCUAUAAGCAGGUGAUAAAGAAAUUAAUCAAUUCUGCUAUCGAAGACUAUGUUAAACAGGAAGACCUUAAGGUUGGCAAAGAGUUGACUGUUGUGCAAAGCUAUGAAGAUCUUGAAGAAACAUUUGAACCAGGUGAAAGUUUCAGCUUUGAUGCUACUAUAAAGCUUCAAGAAGCGAGUUGAAGAAAGCGGUGAUCCUAAGGUACUUAUCAAUGUGAUUUGUCUUUUUACCCUGUCCUGUAACAAUUAGAUUUCUUGUAGUGUAGGAAAGGAUAAUAUCAUUUCGAUUAAGCUUAUGGUAAUAAAACUUUGAAAGUUCAGUUAUGUGUUGUUCCUGAAAUCUUGAAGUUUUAAUGAGAUGAUUGGUG